UCUACAGGAGGCUAAAAAAAAAAACUGAGGUUGUUCGUGACGUCAAAUUCAAUAUGACUCAGUGUCGUCAUGUGGAUUUGAAAGUCAGUUCUUCGUCGGAAAACUAGCAGAGCGGGUUAAUAUACCGGCAAGUAGUUAGCGAAUAACCAGGAAAGAGAUGCAACAAUACUAAUUUCUUUACUAACGCGGGUUGCCACACAGACAAAAGAGCAAUGGCUUCAUUAUUUAAGAAGAAAACAGUGGACGAUAUCAUUAAGGAACAAGGCAAAGAGCUGCGAGGCACCCAGAGACAAAUCACUCGGGACAGAGCAGCUUUGGAGAAGCAGGAGAAGCAAAUGGAAAUGGAAAUAAAAAAGAUGGCCAAAACAGGUAAUCGGGAGGCCUGUAAGAUCCUGGCCAAGGAGUUAGUCCAGCUGAGAAAGCAGAAGAACCUCACAUAUGCUGUGAGUUCAAAGGUCACCUCUAUGUCCACCCAAACCAAAGUGAUGAACUCCCAGAUGAAGAUGGCAGGAGCCAUGUCCACCUCAGCUAAAACUAUGCAAGCAGUAAAUAAGAAGAUGGACCCAAAAAAGACCUUGAAGACUAUGCAGGACUUCCAGAAGGAGAACUUGAAAAUGGGGAUGACAGAGGACAUGAUCAACAACACGUUGGACGAGAUCUUCGAGGAAUCGGGGGAUGAAGAGGAAUCCCAAGAUAUUGUGAGCCAAGUUCUGGAUGAGAUUGGAAUUGAGAUAUCAGGAAAAAUGUCAAGAGCUCCAGCAGCAGGCAAGUCGCCCCUCCAUUCAUCCAAGACCAGAACUACCUCCUGCCCCACCAUCUCAGAUGAUGAGAUUGAGAGGCAGCUCAAGGCCCUGGGGAUGGACUAACUAACCAUCUCCUGAAACCUUCUACCAGUGCAAACUCAAGAGUGCGUCCACAGCCAGCAGCUCACUUACCUGUCAUGACAUGAAGCGAGUUGGGCAUGGAGGUGGAAAUGGGUGGUUGGGGGUGGAUGGGAAUGAACUGAUGAAAAAGUAACUCUUCAAGGCUGACGCAGAUAUCUGAUGCUCUGUAGAAUAGAGAGUGGGUUGAGUUUGAUGGAGUUCUCUUGGAUGGAUCUUGUUGAGGAUUCAGUAGUAAGGUCAACAUACGACAGGCUGCUCACGCUCUCCAAAUGAAUAAUGAUGAUCACUGUUGGGAAAACAUGGUUCUAUGACACCAUGGAUCUAUGGACUGUCAAAUGUGAUUUGCAUUUUAAAUACAAAGUUCCUGAAAAAAGACAGAAUUUUUUUGACUUGGCUAAAUGUGUUUAGCUAUCCUCUGGUUAUGUUUGGUCUACUGAGUGUCUUUUCAUAAUUGCAUACAUGCAUGGGCUUCCGUGGGAUGUAGAGCUCUUUUUUUACUGGUAGAAUUGACAGUAUUUGUGCAUUAAUAACACCUUUAUGUUUUGUCUUUAUAGGUAUUUCACUGUGAGUAUUGAUCCUGGUUGUGCUUGAUAGUACUUCCUUUAACUCUGACCACUCUAAAUGACUUGAUCCAAAUGUAUUUAAAAGAGUGAUCUCCUAUCAUGAAAAGAAAGGUUUUGCAUGAGUCAUGAAUUAAAUGAUGAACUGAGAUGAAAUGCUGGGAAAGAAGCAGGCAGGUGGGUGGGGCCUUGGCCUGGUGGUAGAACUACUUCCUGCUGCUUUGAGUUGAAACCUGUUCAUGUCAGCCUGAGCGCAGAAGAUCUGAUCAUUGUGAAGGUCUAUCUAAUGGUGAUGCCGAGGGUUUUUUCAUGGUCUUUGAACUAGAUGGAAUGCCCAAAUGAAUACCCAGUAGGUCAGGAGGUCAUGUCUGCAUUGUGUGAAAGGCUGUGGUGACCCCUUACGUAUCAUACAUGGGCAGGUCUGAAGGCAAGCAGUGCGUAUGAAAUUGGAGUGUAAUUUCUCCUCAACUCUUCUCUUCAAGAGCCAUCUGUAGUCUUUCCUCUACGCAGUGCAACCUCAAUGUUGAAAGACAGUCCUGUUACAAAUCACCCACAGAUAAGCACUGUAGUUUGGGAAGACACCACCAGAGUGGAGUGAAUAUAUGAAAGAUGAUGAUCAGUACGGCUAAAAAAUAAAGUACAAAAUGAGACUAUAAUAGUCUUGCAUAGGUGUGACUUGACUGCUCAUUUUGUUAUUGAUAAUAAUCUGCUGUUGCUGAAAAAAGUAAUAUAUAGGGCUCAUGUUAAUUUCUUGUCUUGUCUUAUAACUUGAUAUCUGUGCAAUUUUAAAUGUUGGAAUUUUGAUUACAUGUUAUGUUCAUAUGGUGUCAAAUUCUGUGUAUGUUAAAUAUACUGAGCAUAUUAAUGUACAGUUUGUUUGGCUUUUUAAUGAAUAAAACAAUUUGCCUUUGA